UUCAGCAGUUGCAAGCCCCCCUAGGGCCGGGAGAACAAAGCUGCUGCUGUUUCCUCCGUGUGACCCGGGAGUCGGGGCUGAGCAGCUGCUGCUCUCUGGGGUCUGUGCUGGGGGAGCCCGGCAUUAACCCCCCCGUGCCCGGCCGGGGGGGCUUUCUCCAGCUGGGACCCGCCCCCUGGGCAGCCCCGGGCCGGAGCCCCCCGGGGCUGGUGACCUGCGAGGAGGUGGCUGUAUAUUUCACCAGGGAAGAGGGGGCUCUGCUGGACCCCACUCAGAGAACUCUCUACAGAGACGUCAUGCAGGAGAACUAUGAGUAUGUGACCUCGCUGGACUUGUGCAGCGUUUCCGGGUGACACCCCCAGACAUAUUGGCAUCAGCACUGCCUAGCCUGUUUGAUGGCCCAUCCAGGGUCAUCGCUGUACAAUGAGCCCAUGGAAAGGACCAAGAGAAUACACCUAUUGAGUCAGCAAGACAUGCAGGGCUAUGCCUGUGUACUGAGAACUCCAGUUUUUCCAUGCCAUGUGCUGUGAAGCUUGUGUUUGGGACACAGGAACUACAGGCCACAUGGCAAAAGGAAUGUAAAGGGCACCUGCAGCAUCUCCAUUUUGUCUUCAAUCCCUCUUCCUACCUCUGGAGCAACUUCUCUACAAACUGAGUCCUUGAAUAAAGGACUAAAUGACCCAUCCGAGCUGUGGAUGUCUUCCAGAUGGACUUUCAAGUCAGCAACUCACCAGUACUGCUAAGAACCCAGUAUAGAUUUCAGAAUGUAUCUGACCGCCUUCCCAUUUAACUUCUUUCUCUCUUUCUUUCUUCUAAACCUUUAGUUUAGAUGCAAAAGGAUUGGCUAGGAGCAUAAUAUUUUGGGUAAGAUCCAAACCUGUAGUGACUUGGUACUGUGGCUGACCCUUUGGGGUAAGAAGAACAUUUUGUCUAUGCACAGAGUUUUUAAAUAACCUCUCACUGUACUGGACCUAGGUGCUGAUUGGGAGUCAGAGAACUGGGAUGCAAUGAAGGGGGCCGUGUGAUUUCUUUUUCCAGCUUCUUGAUAACCAGUGUGGGUGAUCAGAAGCAUAGUUUGUGACUGGUCAGUGACUUCAACUUCAGUAUCAGGGGGUAGCUGUGUUAGUCUGGAUCUGUAAAAAGCAACAGAGAGUCCUGUGGCACCUUUAAGACUAACCGAUGUAUUGGAGCAUAAGCUGCAUCUGAUGAAGUGGGUAUUCACCCACGAAAGCUUAUGCUCCAAUACAUCGGUUAGUCUUAAAGAUGCCACAGGACUCUUAGUUGCUUUCAACUUCAGUGUUAACCACCAGUUUUGGGAGCAUCUGCUCUCCCUUUUUCAGCCUGCCCUGACCUUGGCAUUUUCAGUCAGGACUGCCCCAGGCACACCGGGUCACACUAAGCAUUGAAGUUAAAUUAAUAGAAUGUUUGUUUUUUUAUGACAAUGUCUUAUGAAAUCAAUGGAACUCCUUUGUUCUUUCAUCUGAGCAGGGUUUCCAGUUUCCCAACCUAAUAUGAUGUCCCAGAUGGAACAAGGGGAAGAGUCAUGGGUCCCAGACCUCCAGGGUUCAGAGGAAAGAGAGAUCCUGAGAGCUUCCUGCACAGCAGGUGAUGCAAUGCUUUGUGAGAAGGAGGAGCAGAAUUCUCAGCAGGAAAAUAUUGAGCAAGUAGAAAAACACAGAGCAUUAUCGCAACAAUCAAAAAGGAAUGUGUCCAGGGAUUAUGAGCAGGGAAAAUCCUGUGAAAUUCAGCACAGACCAGAAACAGAGCAGGGAAACCAGCCAGGGGAGAAAGCGGGUAAAUUUAUUUCCUGUUGGGGAACUCAAAAGGGCCUCAAGGAAACCACAGCACAGCAGGAAAUCCUCAGGAGAAAGAGAAAAAAUACAUGCACUGAGUGUGGGAAAAACUUCAUUCACAAAUCAAGCCUUUCUGUUCAUCUGAGAAUCCACACGGGGGAGAGGCCCUACGAAUGCCGUGAGUGUGGAAAAUGCUUCACUAGCAGCUCAUACCUUUCUAAACAUCAGAGGAUCCACACAGAUGACAGGCCCUACGAAUGCAGAGAGUGUGGGAAAAGAUUCACUCGCAGAUCAGGCCUUUUUCAACAUCAGAGAAUCCACACAGGGGAGAGGCCCUAUGAAUGCAGUGAGUGUGGGAAAACCUUCAAUCGCAACUCGCAUCUUCUUAGUCAUCAGAGAAUCCACACAGGAGAGAGGCCCUACGGAUGCAGUGAGUGUGGGAAAAACUUCACUCAAAGAUCAAGCCUUUCUCACCAUCAGAAAAUCCACACAGGGGAGAGGCCCUACGAAUGCAGUGAAUGUGGGGAAAGCUUCACUCAAAGAUCAAGCCUUUCUCACCAUCAGAAAAUCCACACAGGGGAGAGGCCCUACGAAUGUGGUGAGUGUGAAAAAUGCUUCACUAGCAGCUCAGCCCUUUCUAUUCAUCAGAGAAUCCACACAGGGGAGAGGCCCUACAAAUGCAGUGAGUGUGGGGAAAGCUUCACUCACAGAUCAGGCCUUUUUCACCAUCAGAGAAUCCACACAGGGGAGAGGCCCUAUGAAUGCAGUGAGUGUGGGAAAACCUUCAAUCGCAGCUCGCACCUUAUUAGUCAUCAGAAAAUCCACACAGGGGAGAGGCCCUAUAAAUGCAGAGAGUGUGGGAAAAACUUCAUUCACCGAUCAGCUCUUUCUGUUCAUCAGAGAAUCCACACAGGGGAGAGGCCCUAUGAAUGCAGUGAGUGUGGGAAAACCUUCAGUCAAUGCUCAAGCCUUAUUAGUCAUCAGAGUAUCCACACAGGAGAGAGGCCCUAUGAAUGCAGCGAGUGUGGGAAAAACUUCACUCGCAGAUCAGCCCUUUGUGAACAUCAGAGACUCCACACAGGGGAGAGGCCCUAUGAAUGCAGUGAGUGUGGAAAAAGCUUCACUCAAAGAUCAGCCCUUUCUGUUCAUCAAAGAAUCCACACAGGUGAGAGGCCCUACAAAUGCAGUGAGUGUGGAAAAUGCUUCACUAGCAGCUCAGACCUUUCUAAACAUCAGCGAGUCCACACAGGGGAGAGGCCCUAUGAAUGCAGUGAGUGUGGGAAUACUUUCUCUUGGCACUCAGCCCAUGUUAGCCAUCAGAGAAUCUGCAAGGGAGAUCAACACCAUAAAAACCUCUAGGGCUAUCACUACCUUUUUUUUUCUUUAAUACUUUUCCUGAUUCCCACAUAGUAACUUUUAAAGCUGUUUGAACUGUUUUCAGUACUGUUAACCCUCAGCUUGUCCAGAUGAGUGGCCCAUUCUUGCCUUCUGCAGUUUGCCCUCUCUUGAGGUGGACCUAUUUGUUCUUUGUAUUGUCCCACGAGUAAUUUGAGUGUACUCUUCCUAUCAGGAACCAGGGAGCAUCACAUGUAUACCAUUCCUCCUAUUGCAAAGUUAUUGUUAGAGUCACCAAUGAUGCAGAUUUUAUCAUUGCCAGUUGUUCUCACGUUGCCCUGGGUUUUGCUAAAGAGCAGCUAUUAUUGGGAACCUAUCAAAUUAUAUGUAAAUGAAGAGGAGCAGGGGCAGCCUCUCUGACACUGGAAGGAGACAGGGUAACUCAGAGAUUACCUUCUUCCCCAUCACUGCAGAACUCUUACCUUUUGCCUGAGCCAUGUAGAGUUUAUAUUCAUCACAUUCUAUCCAUCUGCUUCUCAAACUGUCAUGUGAUGAAGCAUUCUCCAUUGUCUGUGCUUGGAGAUGAUGCUUUGACUUCUUUAAUCCUAUAUCAGAGUCAUUAUGACUAGAGAGGAAAGUGUCAAAGACCUGGGAGGGGAAUUCAAAUGGAUCCCAAACACAGUGUGGUUAUUGGGAGUUUAAAUCCCAAGAUCCAUCUAUUGGUAAAGCCACUUCUGGCAAGGGGGCUGUUUCCACCUCAUUAUGUGGGUGCUCUGAUACUAAAAAAAAUUCUAAAUAACAUAACUGACUAUUGAGACAGUGCUGAGUGAAGCAGGUUUGAAUGGAUCAGAGGAGAAUGUGAUGGGAGAAUCUCUUGUCCUGAUUCUGAAAACUCAGAUGUAACCUGCUCUGGAAUUUCACUUGACACUUCCAAUGUCAUGAAUUCUAUCUCUCUGUGAUGUGGGUUUCUAUCUUUCCUGAAGGCUGUUUGGUCACCUAAUUGGAUAUUAGUUCAGUUUCAUAGGAUGUAGCUCAGAUUUAUUGGAGAAUUUAAGACACAUGACCAUUUGCUAAAGUCCAUCAUUUCUCACUUCAGCUUUGCUUUUUCUCCAUCCCUCCUUGAUGACAUGGAGAAAGCUCUGUCAACAAGAGAGAACUCUCCAAGUUACUGGAUAUGCUAACAAA